GUUUUUGUUUAAAUCAAGUUGAAUAUUUCAACUUAUAUUGUUAAUGUUAUAUUAUUAAUGUAAUUAAUAUUCAUGAACCUGAUUCAUGUACCUGAUUUUAUGUAUAUAUCUUUUCGAGUUAUAAUUGUUAUGAAAAGUAGAUUGUUUUAGAACUGUAUAUAUUAUAUGAGUGAAUAUAGGCCGCCUGGGGAACCGAACACCCAAAAAAGAUCGGUAACGCGCCUAUAUUGCAACCUCAGAGGUGGUGAGGAAAAGCAAUAAAUAUAUAAUAAUCUUUUGUUUCGAAAAUAUUCUUGAAAGUUUUCAUUAUUAUUUCCAUUACAAAUACAUGUUCAUUACCAAAUUGUUAAACUAUAUCCUUUUAUUUAAAACUCUGUGUCAAAAAAAGGCAUGUUCGAUCAGGUGAUCACGGCUGUUUCACACACAUAGGAAAACAGCUGUUUCUUUGACUACUUGUAAGAUUAUUCAAUGGUAACCGUUCCUAAGAUUACCACUAAUACUCAGGCAAAAAUGUCACACAUGUACGGGUUUCCUACUAAUAUUCUAGUACUAAAGUCACAAUUCAUACGGGUUGUAUACUGUUACGGAUUUCUCGAUAAAUCGUCUACCUGUUACUCACUCUUGAGUUCGAUAACUGGAUUGUUAAAUAAAAGUCCCAAUUUAAUGGCGACACACUUAUCUUUAUUUCUUAUUCCAACAACUUAACACCUAUUGCUCGUUAUUCGAGCUUACAACUUCUUGCUUAUAGCUUAAUUGCUCUUAUCACGACAACACUCUAACUAGAACUGUGUUUGCUGCACAAUCCGGCAGCCCUUAUAUAGUAAAUCUGUAACAAAACAUUGCUUCUGGAACAUUCUGGCAACUACGAAUUCGCUAACUAGUUGCUUCUGGCAGUUUAUCGUUGAUUCGAUUUUGUUCUAUUAUCCAUGUUCGUCACAAUACUAAUAUUCUACUACCAAAACUUCCAAAUGCCUCAAAUCUGCUAAAAUGUGUUGACGUGUUAUGUUUUAAAAUUCAUAGCUUUAAGAAUGUUUUUAUUUCAUAUCCAAAUAUUUUUCGACAAUUAAAAUUCCUAAAGAUUAAAUUUAACUUUAAUAAGUAUAUGGCUGUGAGUGAUUUAGAAUCUUUUGUAAAUAUUAUUUACUAAUUAGUACAUUGUUUGGAUUAUUAUUAUGUUGUUCAUGAAUUGUACCAGAUUCAUUUAUGAUAUAUUACUGUUUGAGAUGAUUAUUUCGACUUAUAUUAUUAAUGGUAUUACUAUCCAUGAAGUGUACCUGAUUUUAUAUAUAUAUAUUUUUUCUUGUUAUAUUUGGUAUGACAAUUAAUUUGAUUUAAAACUGUUUAAAUUAUACAGAUGAAUAUAGGUCUCCUGGGGGACUGAAACCCCAAAACAGAUCGGUAACACGCCUACAUUGCAUCCUCAAAGGUGGUGAGGAAAUACGAUAUAUAUGCAAUAAAUUUUUGGUUCAAAAAUAUUCUUCAAAGUUUUCCUUAACAUUCUCAAUUACAAAUACAUGUACACAAACAAGUUGUUAAACUACAUUUCUUUUAUUUACAUCUCUGUGUCUCAAAAAGGCAGAUUCGAUCACGUGAUCUCAGCUGUGUCACACACAUAGGAAAACAGCUGAUUCUUUGGUUACUUGUAGGCUUAUACAAUGAAUACAAUGCUCAAGGCCACUUAAGUAAAUAAAUGUUACAUUAAAUAUCGCCUUCUAUAACUAAAUGCUUAAUGCUCUGAACACAGAGACGACGGAACGACAGCUAAAUUUUUUUGUAGGCAAAGGUCGUCUGUUGCACUGAAUUUCGUUGUUGCCGUACUAAAACCUUUCACUUCAAUGAAAUUUAAAUAUUUUGUCCAAGGUGCAAUUUUUUUAUGCAAAAAAUAAGUAAAUAGGUUAUCACAAAUGAUAUAUCAGUUUUGUUUUUUGCUUGUGUUAGUGAAAUAAAGUUAGACUUGUUAGAGCUUUGAAUAAUUUAACAUUUUACAUAUUAGUGGCAACACUACAGCUGCCCUUUGUUUUUGUCUUCAAAAAAAUUAGAAAUUGUGUAAAUUGGUGACAGCGACAAAUGCUAGCCUGUUGCCGUAAAGUGGUGCUUUUGUCUAAAUAACUGUGCCCAUAAGAACGUGUGUGUUUUUAUAUAUGACAGAUGCUGCCUGUCACUUGUCAUCGUUUAUAUGUUCAGCACUUAAAGCUGCAAUUACACGUUGCUUUUAAGUUGAUCACUUAAACUAUUUGUCAAAAUUUAUUAAAAUUGACAGCUGUGAAGUAAGCUCGAAACAAAUUGAUAUGUUGUUGUUGCAACGGCAGAAUUCUGCCGAGUUGACAGUCCUUGGCCGGAUCCGUUCCGGUUACGUUGACCCGACUGUCAAACAAAUUGAUAAUCACCUAUGUUUUCAUGAUGCCAUCGUCAAGAGAACAAGAUGGCGUUCAAGUUCAAAAAGUUAGGGUGUGGCAGUAAAUAAGCGAAACUUGCAUACAUUUAGAACUCAUUGAAAGAAAGUUCUUGAUCGCGUAAUAUCUGGGGAAAAUACAUAAAUAAAAAGGAUUAGGUUGUUUAACAUGCGCGUGUGGACAGAUUGUUAUUGUCAUUGCAACACUGUUUGCCGAGACGAUAAUGCCGACGUCAAAAUAAAAACGAAGAUUUGUGGCAUAGUAUAAAUCUUUGCAACGUACUGGUGGGAGUGUGUUUAAGUGAGUUGGUGUUCGUUACGCUUGUUUUUGUGCCGCUUUGUUUUUUUUUAAAUAAAUUAUUCGCUUAUAAAUUAGAAAUAAACAAAUUGUAUUAUUUUUAAGAAAAAAUAAUACAGUUUGAGUUGCAGAUUUUUAUGUGAAGGUUCGUAAGUUAGAAGAGGCGUCUAACUAAGAUUUAUUAGGGAGCGAAUACUAAAUAAAGUCCGUGCCGAAGUUAUUAGUUUCUUUGCUUUCUGAAAAUGUAUAAGAAUAAAUGAAUUGGUUUAAAUUUUUCGUUAGAGCUUGGAGAAAUCCAAAUUUUCUAAACUAAAAAUACACGUCAAAUAAUACAACAAUUUUGUGAAUAGGUAGCGGAGUUAAAAAAUACUACGCUGACUCACCAGAUGAGUUGAUAUCCGUUCACUCAUUUCCAUUCUUGGAAUGAAUUGAGUGGAGUGUAACGUUAACGAAGGCACUUCGGUCUUUGGUGUCGGCUAUCCAUAACGAUGGCAACAGCAAAAAUCUCUAGACUUUUCAUUGUCUUUUGUUAGUGUUAGCGCGCCGGAAGGUUACAUUUAUUUAAGAGCCUCAAAAGGCUGGAAUUCAGAAAAAAGGACGGGUUUUAAACGGCAGAUUAAAAAUAAUUUAAAACAACACGUAUCGCUACUACAGGUCACACAUAAGAGAAGGAAUAACUUGACACAAAAUACAUUUCAAUAUCAGAAAAAGCCAUUACAGUCAACAACAAAUACCUUAAAAUGAGCUGGCAAGAUUAUGUGGAUAACCAACUUUUGGCUUCGCACUGUGUAACAAAGGCUUGCAUUGCUGGACAUGAUGGCAAUAUUUGGGCUCAAUCUAAGGGAUUCGAGGUAACAAAAGAAGAAUUGGCGAAAUUAAUCGCUGGAUUUGAUCAGCAAGACCUGCUCACAAGCAAUGGUGUUACAUUAGCUGGUCAAAGGUACAUUUAUCUUUCUGGUACAGACCGUGUAGUCCGCGCUAAGUUGGGCCGCAGCGGAGUGCAUUGCAUGAAAACUACACAAGCCGUGAUUGUUUCUAUUUAUGAGGAUCCUGUUCAACCUCAACAAGCCGCAUCCGUUGUAGAGAAGCUUGGAGAUUAUCUGAUUACUUGCGGGUACUAGAAAUAAUCCAUAAUAAUAAAAGUAAUAAUAUAAUAAUAAAUAAUAAAAUCAUUAAAGCAGUAAAAAUAUCUUCUAUAAAAUCUAUUUUGGAAUAAUUUCAUACGAAAAAAUAAAGCGACAGUAAAUAAAACAAAUAUAAAAAUCAAA